AAAAAUUGUCGUUCGAUUAAGAUGAUGCGCUUUGAAGCUGUUACCGCCAUUUUGUUUCUUUCAUGCGGUAAACCAAAUUAAAAGUUAGGGUUAAUUUUGUUGAAACUAUAUUGACUUUUAAAGGUGGAAUAGAAAAUAAAUUAAAUUAGAUUGCUAAAAAAAGUGUGUUAAACAAUGGGACGUGGAAGGGAUCGCAGUCGAGAUAGACGUCGGAGCCGUAGUCGUAGCCGGAGCAGAAGUCGCAGCCGAAGCCCUCGCUACGGUCUUGGUGGAGGUGGUGGUGGUGGUGGAUAUAGCGGAGGCGGACGCAGGAGUAAUCCCGGAGCCAAUCUGCGCAAACCGAAAUGGGACCUUAACAGGCUUAAGCCUUUUAAGAAAGAUUUCUACGUGCCUCACCCAGAUGUUGAAAGUAGACUUGAAUCAGAUGUCGAGGCUUGGAGGAGUGAAAAUGAAAUAACGUUGAAAGGGCGUAAUAUACCAAAACCCACACUAACUUUCGAUGAAGCCGGAUUUCCUGAUUAUGUUAUGGAUGAAAUUGAUAAAAUGGGAUUUUCCAAACCAACACCAAUUCAGGCACAAGGUUGGCCUAUAGCCUUAAGUGGAUGUGAUAUGGUUGGCAUUGCUUCCACAGGUUCAGGAAAAACUUUAUCUUAUAUUUUACCUGCAAUAGUUCACAUUAAUAAUCAGCCCAAGUCAAGUAGAGGAGAUGGACCAAUUGCUUUAGUAUUGGCUCCAACAAGAGAACUCGCCCAACAAAUUCAAGAAGUGUGUGAUAAGUUCGCUAACACCUCCAAAAUUCACAACACAUGUUUGUUUGGUGGAGCUCCCAAAGGUCCACAAGCUAGAGAUUUGGAUGCUGGUGUUGAAAUUGUAAUUGCAACACCGGGCCGUCUAUUAGACUUUUUAGAGAGUGGUCGGACAAAUCUUAAAAGAUGCACAUAUUUGGUACUUGAUGAAGCAGAUCGAAUGUUGGAUAUGGGAUUUGAACCUCAAAUUAGAAAAAUCAUAGAACAAAUACGACCUGAUAGACAAACACUCAUGUGGUCUGCUACAUGGCCUAGAGAAGUACAGAGUUUAGCAGCAGAAUUUUUGAAAGAUUAUUUACAAAUCAAUGUUGGUUCAUUACAAUUAGCAGCCAAUCACAACAUCCUUCAGAUCAUUGAUGUUUGUAUGGAAUAUGAAAAAGAAACUAAACUUAGUACAUUGUUAAAAGAAAUUAUGGCCGAAAAGGAAAAUAAAACUAUCAUAUUCAUUGAAACAAAACGCAGAGUUGAUGAUAUCACAAGAAAAAUGAAACGCGAUGGAUGGCCUGCUGUGUGUAUUCAUGGUGAUAAGUCACAAAAUGAACGUGACUGGGUAUUACAAGAUUUCCGUAGUGGAAAAGCACCCAUUCUUGUAGCUACAGAUGUUGCUGCCAGGGGUUUAGAUGUCGAUGACGUAAAGUUUGUUAUUAAUUUUGACUAUCCUAGUAACUCUGAAGAUUAUGUGCAUAGAAUUGGAAGAACGGGUCGAACUAAUAAAACCGGAACUGCUUAUACGUUUUUCACACCAUCGAAUGCGGCAAAGGCGGCAGAUUUGGUUUCAGUGCUAAAAGAAGCCAAACAAGUCGUGAAUCCUAAAUUACAAGAGUUAGCCGAACGCGGCGGUGGCGGUGGACGAAGACACCGUGGUCGUGGCGGUAGAUAUCGCAGAGGGGGACGCCGUUCGAGGUCCCGUUCUCGCUCGCGUGAUCGUCGUCGGCGUUCACGUACACGAUCCCGUUCCCGAGACCGCCGUCGUCGCAGACACAGCUCCUCGCGUUCAUCACGCAGCAGGUCGUCGAGAUCGUCGAGAAGCCAUUCACGCUCGCGCUCCAGAUCAAGAAGCCGCUCUCGCUCAGGCAAGUGCAGCCCACUGAAGGAUAAUACUGUUGGGCCUCAGCCAGCACCCCAGGCACUUCUACCGACGCCGAAACCACUUCUGCCUACCCCGAUCGGUCCGCAGCUACCUCCCCCACAUUUCGAUAAACACACUAGUAAAAAUUCUUUACCGCCUUCUAAUGGUGACGACGAAUCUCGCUCAAAUAAAGAUCUCUCCCAAUGUUAUAAUAAAACUAACAGUCACAAUAGUAGCAAUAACAAACAAACCCACAAUGACAACAGGUUACAGCAACAGCAACCUGUCAACUCAAUUCCGCCUUUGAUGGCCAUAAAUCCUCAGAUGAAUGUAUGUGUUCCACCACCACCUCUUAAUGGACGCUUUGUUAUGCCUCCAUAUUUUCCUUCCGACCAAUAUGGAAUGAUGAUGCCUAAUUUCGGCCCAAAUCCUAUGCUCAAUGGACACAGUUGGGGAGCUCCGCCUCCUCCGCCUCCACCCCCUCCUCCGUCUUCAGAUCCCUCUAACGGGUCUCAAAAUAACUAUAAUUAUGGUCAAAGCGGCUCGGGACAAAGUAGCCUGGAGUCAGAUUCCAGAAAGCGGGGUGGCCGUUCUGGUGGCCUCGGAAGUUCGAGUUCAUACGGCUUGGGCUCUGGAAGUGGUGGCCUUAGCUCUGCUGGAGGUGCCGGUUCCUGUGGCAGGGGCCUGGGCCUUGCCGAUGGCCCCACUCAAGGUGGGGGCCUCGGCACUGGUGGCCUAGGGUCCGAUAGCCUCUAUGGAGGUGGCGGUGGCCUCGGCUCCGAGGACGGCCAAGGCAGUCAACGGUCGCGCGGCGGCCGCGAUCGGCGGCGACGAGGCAGAGGACGGGACUACGACGACCACAACUCGGAUAAUCCGAGCGGUGGUCUCGGCUCUUACGGCUCGGGCGGCUUCGAAGGUGGCCUGGGCCAGGCCUCUGGCGGUCCCAGUGUGCCCCAUGGGAGCCUAUUGCCGCGCAUGCUGCCGCAGAAUACUGGCGACUUCGGUGGACAACAAAACGCUAACUUUACCGCUUUCGGUUCUUAUGGGCCUAAGUUUAAAAAAAAUCAGGGUGGUUACGAUAACGGAGAUUACGACGAGGGUCCCGUUAACGGGGUCGAAUAUUACGGCCACCAAAAUAUGGGACCAGGCCGACCGUUAACUUCUAACAUGGAUCGAGGUGUUUUUAACGAUGCGCAGGCAUACGGCUCCAUGGGGUACAGAAAUGACCGCCAGGGCAAUCGCCAACGGCGGUGAAUAGCAUUGAGAAAACGGCUAUAAUGGUGAUUCUCGUCGACGAAGAAGGCGGUAAAUCUCGUGAGGAAUCUAAAACAAAAGAAGAAUUUCAUAAAUCAGAAACUGUUGGUUGUCAUUCCAAAUGUGUUUUGUUCGUGUUUUUUCGUGAUUUGAAAUUAAUUAUCAAUAAUUUUAACAUCUACUACUUAUAACUCCUCAAUUAUUUUAUUAACAUUUUCCUGUAAAAAUAUAUUAUAACGAGUUAUAUUUCAGCUUGUGUUACAAAUUUGCAGACUUUUUUCUUUUUUGUUUAAAAAAUUUAAAAGAAUCGGUACCCUUAUUAUAUUGAAAUACUUCUGGAAUUGUGCUUGUUUUAUAUAAAGCGCUUCUUGUAAGUUAUUUAUACAAUGCACAGUACACUAGGUACAUACAUUUUAACUCAUUGUAUAGUAUUAAAAUACGAUAUAGUUGUAAUUAAGUUUUAGUGUCAAUAGUACUGCAACUAAGAUUAUUUUAAGCCUUCAAUUGUAUCUUAAGAACAAUGUAUUUUUGUUGUAUUCUACUAAUAUGCGCUGAACAUUCGCGUUCAUUAAUUAUUAUAAAUAACACACGGAUCCACGGAGCUAGUAUCGCAGACAGUUUUGGCAGUUGUAGAAUAUGUUUGUUUCAAUUAAUAUUAUCGACUGAUUAUAACUAUAAUCUGGAGCAUUUUUUACUUGUAAAAAAACGUGUAAAACAUGUAACGUAUAAUAAGUUCUUGUAUGAAAUAAAAUAAAAGUUUUCUAUUAUGAG